UGUAACAGCUGGCACUGGGCCAGGCUAAAGCCGGGAUGCUAGGAGCUCCAUCCUGGUCCCCUCCGUGGAUGGCAGGGGCCCAAGCACUUGGGCUGUCAUCUGCUGCCUCCCAGGCUCAUGAGCAGGACACAGGAUUUGAAGUGGAUGUGGAUUUCCGUGCUGUGGCUUUCCACGCUACACCUGACGUCCAGUUGUCCUGCAGCCUAGCAGCCUUCACACACACAAUAACAGGAGGAGUACGAGGAGCUGCUGCGCUACGCCAUCAUGAAUCCACCUGCCGACUCCGGUGCGGCUGUGACGUCUCACCCCCGGGCAGAAGUGGCGCCUGAUACGAGAAUUUCUGCUGCAGCUGGCAGCAUUCUUCAUCAUCAAGGAAAUAACCCUGUGAUAAAAGAAACUGGGAUGGAAGUUGGAAAAGGAAGUGAUUUAAAUAUUUCAGGUCAUUCAAAGACAGACGGGUCGUCACCAGCUCUGUCGCCACGGAAGGCAUCUCACCCAGUCAUGGACUUUUUCAGUUCACAUCUCCUGGGCGACUCCUCCUCCCCAGGGUCCACUUCUAGUCACACAGAAGCCCGGGAAGUGGUUGUGGGUGACUUCCUUGUUUCGGAGGAAAACCUGCAGAAGGUGGAAAACGUGCUGGAUCUCUGGAGCUCGGGUCUCAAGACAAAUAUCAUUUCUGAACUGAGUAAAUGGAGACUUAAUUUUAUCGACUGGCACCGAAUGGAAAUGAAAAAAGAAAAAGAAAAGCACGCGGCCCAUUUGAAACAACUGAACGACCAGAUCAGCGACCUGCAGGAGCUGCACAGAGCCUUUGAAAUCUCCCUCGGGAGGAAAGAUGAGGUGAUUUCUAGCUUGUCGCAUGCCGUGGGCAAGCAAAAGGAGCGCAUCGAGCUGAUGAGAACCUUCUUCCACUGGCGCAUUGGGCACGUCAAGUCCAGGCAGGACGUCUAUGAAGGCAAGUUAGCCGACCAGUACUUCCAGAGAAACCUGCUGAAGAAGGUGUGGCGGGGCUGGCGCUGUGUGGUGCAGAAGCAGUGGAAAGACGUGGUGGAGCGAGCUUGCCAAGCAAGAGCAGAGGAAGUCUGUGUCCAGAUCUCCAAUGAUUAUGAAGCCAAAAUUGCGAUGUUAUCUGGAGCUUUGGAAAAUGCAAAAGCUGAGAUUCAAAGGAUGCAGCAGGAAAAGGAGCACUUUGAAGACUCCAUGAAAAAAGCCUUCAUGAGGGGGGUGUGUGCGCUGAACCUCGAGGCCAUGACCAUAUUUCAGAGCAGAGGCGAUGCAGGAACAGACUGCACCAGUAACAGAAAGGAGGAGUACGGACCUGGCGCUCCAGGCAAAGAGCAUUCCGCCCACCUGGAUCCCUCGGCCCCACCGACGCCCUCCACGGUGACACUGCCCGUGCUGCUGUCCCCCGCAGGGGCAGUGGCUGGAGCUACCAGCAUCGCUGCCAUCCCCUCUGCUGUUUCCACAACUUCUGCUGGGGCUGCUUCCACAUCCUCUGCCUACGUCCCCGUUUCUGUUCUUGGCACAGGACCGGCCGCUGCCGCCGCACCAGAAGAGUACGUGCCGAGAGUCGUAACUUCCGCACAGCAGAAGGCAGGGAGGACGAUCACGGCCCGGAUCACGGGGAAGUGCGACUUCGCCUCCAAGAACAGAGUCAACAGCAGCUUAGCUAUCAUGGGUGUUUCUCCACCCGUGAGCUCCGUGGUCGUGGAGAAGCACCACCCAGUCACAGUGCAAACCAUUCCUCAAGCAACUGCAGCAAAAUAUCCUCGGACCGUUCCUCCCGAGAGCAGCACCUCGGCUUCCAGGUCGCUGGGGGCCAGAUCCACCCACACCCACUCCCUUGGCAGCGUGCAGUCCAUCAAAGUGGUUGACUGACGGGAACACGUGCCAUGGAGAGUGGCUCAGUCCUCUGCCCUCACUGAGGGUUGGCAGUCUUGUUAAUUUUCUGAAUUCUUAGAACAUCCAAAUGCAUCAUGGUUAGCUUCCAGAAUUACAAGAGACUUUUUCAAGCUACACCAUCCUUUGUAACAAUAUGUAGAAAUUAUUUUAAUGUUAUUGUUUAUUUAAGAAAUUAAGUAAAACUUUAAAAAAUAAAACAAACUAUUUUUUA